UUCAAAUCCCAAUAUCCCCUCCCAUUACAUCUGUAGCUGCUAAUGGCUUCUUUCAACGUUUCUUCUCCUUCAACUGCAAGUCUUUCUCGUCUUCAGGCAUCCAAAAGUUCCAAAUUCUUUAAUGGAUCAUCCUUUGUUUUUAUAAGUGGUGUCAAAACUAGAGCUGCACUUGUAUCUGGAGAAGGCAAUGUUCUGUCUUAUUCCAAUGGCAAGGAUGCUUCAACAAAUGGCAGUCUCUUCCAAGAUAAAUCAGUAGGGAUUGAAGCACAAUAAGAAGCAAUGACAUUUGGAACUCUUGCAGUAGAGACU